UGUUAGUUAUCAAUAAUUAAUUGAAUUUUUUGUUUUAAUAGUAAAAGUUUAUUUAUUUUGAAAGAUCACUCAUUCACAAAAAUGGUGUCAUAUUUUACGAUUGAUUCUGUUAGUGAAGUAACAAAUUUUCAGAAGGAGAUAUCAAACAUUAUGCACGGUUUAGGUGAUAAUCCCAAUCCGAACGCCGCUACCGUAGUAUUAGUAGAGAGUAUAGUUUUAAACCAGCUUCGUUCAAUGCUGCAAGAGGCUUAUAAUAUUUCAUUGAACCGUGGAGCAAAAGAAAUAAGCAAUUAUGAUAUAAUAUAUUUGAUGCGUAAAAAUAAAUUAAAAAUGAAACGUUUGUAUGACUACCAGAAGAAAUUGGAUCAUAUAGAUAAAACUCGUCAGGGGGCUUCAGACACGAUACUUUCUGGGAUUAUUCUUGACAAUGAAAAAGAACCAAUAUUGAAAAGAAAGAGAACACAUAUAGACUGUAUAAAAGAGUUUGACGAAACAGACGAAGUGUCACAGAUUAAAUUUGAUGCUAUAGAUUAUUUUAGAAAAAUACGAGCCGCGAAAAUCACGGAAUCAAUGUCUUUUGAUAAAUAUGAAGCAUAUCAUAAGGCUAGAUGUAGUUCAUUUAGAUCAGGUUAUGCGGUAGGUAAAGGUUUUGGUAAAUUAGAAAAAUGGCUUAACCCAAAUAAGGAAUUAAAGAUAACACUGUCUGCUUUAGAAGUAUUAUGCUUUUUGGCUUAUGAAACUGUAGCGGAGAUUGUCGAUGCUGUAUUUUUGAUCAGACAAGAUGCUAAAAAGAAAAUAGGAGAUCCAUUUAGUAAAUUUGAUGGAGGACAUUUUUGUAAUCCUGUUAGUUUGAAUAAUGCAGUAUAUAUAAAAUCGGGGUAUGAAGGUGUUUCUCCUAUCACUGUACCGGAAGUCAGAGAAGUGUUAAGAAGAUAUUUUAAUCCAAUAACUGGUAUGAAUGGAUUGUUCUAUAGAAAUAUGAGUUUAGAUUUACCUAUAAGAUAUUUAGCAAUAUGAAUUUUGAAGAUUAUAUCUUGAAAAAAAUUGUAUUAAAUAAAUACUGUAUCCUACAGGAGUACGCAGUGAUUAUGAAUAUUAAUAUAGUUUGUGGUCUAUUUUAUGGAUUAUAAAAUUUGAUGAUAGUAUUUGUAUUGUCAGCGUUUUUAGUGGAUUUUUAACAAGAUUUAUUUGUAAAUAAUUCUCCAUGUAAUUUUGUCAUGUCAUGUAACAUCUUAUUGAUGUAUAUGAACUUGGUGUUAUUGGCCAAAAUAAUUGGGCAUAGGAAACAAACAUUGAUUUUA